UAGGAAAAUCCUAGCCAGAAAUCUAGAUAUUGCGCUUGCUCGUUGAUUCCUCGAAAACCAACACAAUUUUCGCUUUUAAACUUGAUGACAAUUGCCACAGUUAUCAUUCGCAAUUUGCACGGAUGCAGGAUGUGGUUAGUUUCUUCUAUCUUCUUUUUAUUGUUGUUAUAUACGAAUGCACAAAAUGAUCCAGAUCCUCCCGAGGGAAGACCUAUUAGGAACCAUAGGAUUUUGUAUGUAGCUGCAGUCGAAGAAGAUUGGGAUUAUGCACCAAACGGAGGGCCUGAUGUGCCAUUUGCAAAUAGAUUUCUACAACGAAGUACAGAUCCGGUUAGAAUAGGAAAAGUUUACAAAAAAGCUCUCUUCAGGGAAUUCACGGACAGUAGUUAUCGAAUACGCAAACCACGUCCCGAAUGGCUGGGUAUUUUAGGACCUGUUGUUGCAGGUGAAGUGGGUGAUAAAAUCACAAUACAUUUUUUCAAUAAUGCUUCUUUCCCUAUCUCCAUGCAUCCUCAUGGUUUGAGAUACAGAAAACGUCAUGAAGGCGCACUUUACGAAGAUAAUACCAUGGGUAGAGAUAAAGACGAUGAUAGAGUACCACCAGGAGAACAUUACGAAUACAACUGGUUCUUAAUUGAAGAAGAUGCACCAUCUGAAACAGAUCCAGAUUGCAUAACUUGGAUAUAUCACUCGCAUCGUAAUGCAGAUACCGAUCUUCAUGCUGGAUUAUUAGGAGUCAUUGUAGUUUGUAGACCCGGAAAGCUUACAUCAUCAAAUACAGAAGAAGGUCUUGAUAAAGAUUACGCCCUGCUGUUUCUAGCUUUUGAUGAAAACGAAAGUGAACUUUUAGAUGUUAAUAUUAAUAGUGUUAAUCCCUCAAUAACUGAAGAGGAACGAGAAAGAUUGAAAGAAGAUCGUGCGUUUAGACAAUCUAAUAUAAUGUUUUCUAUAAACGGAUUUGCAUAUGGUAAUCUUCCUGGUUUGGACAUGUGCAUAGGAGAUCGUGUAGGAUGGCAUAUGGUUGGUCUCGGUAACGAGGUUGAUGUUCAUAGCAUUAGCGUUGAAGGCCAAGUCUUGACAAUGGACAAUCAUAGAACAGAUACCAUAAAUUUGUUUCCUGCUAAAUUUACAAGAAGCUAUAUGACACCAAGAAGACUAGGUAGUUGGCCAAUCCGUUGCGAAGUUGGAAGGCAUACCGACGCUGGAAUGUAUGCGUCGAUAUUUGUGGAACGUUGUAACAAAAGACUGAAACCAGUAGGACCUUCUGGCAGGGGAAGAGUUAGAAAAUAUUUCAUUGCUGCUGAAGAAGUAAUAUGGGAUUAUGGACCAUCGGGAUAUAAUCAGUUCACUCAAAAUAAAUUAAUAGAAGACCCUGCAGCAAGUCCAUACUUUAUAAAAAAUGCAACACGAAUCGGCGGUAAAUAUAAGAAAGCUCUUUUUGUCGAAUAUACGGAUGAUUCGUUUAGAACAAAGAAGAAAAGAACGAGAGAAGAAAUUCAUCUUGGUCAUCAAGGACCUACAAUUAAGGCGGAAGUUGGUGACACCAUUGAAAUAAUGUUUUUAAAUAAAGCAAGAGCUAAUAAUUAUUCUUUGCAUACUCACGGAGCAUUCUAUAGAUCACCAAGAAUGAGAGGUUUGGCUAAUACUGGAGUUUUACCUGGACAGAAGAGAUUAUACACAUGGUUCAUUCAUAGAGAUUAUGGUCCAACCUCACUUGAUCCCGACUGCUUGACUUGGAGAUAUUUUUCAGGAGAAACCUUUGUUUUUGAUUUUUAUGAUGGUCUUCAUGGCAUAUUGUUGACUUGUAAACCUGGAACUCUUGAUUCUCGUGGAAGACAAAAAAAUGUUGAUAGAGAAUUUUUCUUACUAUUUGCUGUUAUGGACGAAACGAUUUCACAUUACUUCGAUGAGAAUAUUCAAAUGUUUAUUGGAGAUCCUUCGAGAGUAAAUAGGACUGAUGCACGGUUUUUCGAAUCCAAUCAAAUGCAUGCAAUAAAUGGAAGAGUGUUCGGAAAUUUGGAAGGUCUUCAAAUGUGUAAAGGAGACCUCGUUAGCUGGCAUAUUGUUGGUUUUGGUAAAACAAUUGACCUUCACGUUGCAUAUUUUCAUGGUCAUACUUUUAGUAUUAAUGGUAUGUUUCGAGAUGCAAUAGCUGUUGUUCCAAGUGCACACCAAACAGUUAUCAUGAAAGCUGAAAAUCCAGGGGAAUGGGCAAUAGAUUGUCGAACUAACGACCACUUGAUGAAUGGAAUGAGAGCCAUAUACAAAGUUCAAGAUUGUAAUAGACGUGACGGAAAACCUGAAGAAUUUUGGCCCGUGCCGGAUAAAUUUCCAAAAGAAGCGAGAGUCUACUAUAUAGCAGCAAUAGAAAUCGAAUGGGAUUAUGCACCUUUCGAUCGUCACAUUAUAACUGGAGAAAGUUUACUAGAGAAUAAUGAAAGUCGCCCAUUUAUCAUUAAUGGAGAUAACAGAAUUGGAAGACUGUAUAAGAAAGUCGUCUAUAGAGAAUUCACAGAUUCUACUUUUAGAGUGCAAAAGAGAAGAGGUCCGGAAGAGGAGCAUUUAGGAAUUUUAGGACCUUUGAUUGCGGCUGAAGUAGGAGACACAAUUCGGGUAGUGUUUAAAAAUUUAGCUUCCAGACCUUAUUCUAUGCAUCCACAUGGAGUACUUUACAGAAAACCUGUAGAAACAAAAGGAAGAGCUAUAGAUAGAGGUGAAGUGCCCGUUAAUCCGGGUGAUACUUAUAUUUACGAGUGGGAUGUUCCAUAUACAUCAGGGCCAGGAAGAAAUGGAUUUAAUUGUGUGCCUUGGGCUUACUAUUCAGCUGUUGAUCCAGUUCGAGAUACAAAUACAGGACUAGUUGGUCCUUUAAUAACUUGUCGAAAAGGAAUUCUAAAUAGAUCAGGUAAUAGAAGAGAUAUGAAUCAUCAAUUUGCUGUGCUUUUUACUAUUUUUGAUGAAAAUUUUAGUUGGUUACUUGAUGAAAAUAUUAGAACUUACACAAGAAGACCAGAAACAGUUAACAAAAAUGAUAAUGGAUUCAUAACUAGUAAUAGAAAAUAUGCAAUCAAUGGAAGAAUAUAUGGAACUUUAAGAGGAUUAGUAGCAGAACCUAAUCAAAAUACAGCGUGGUACAUGAUGGGAUUAGGAACAGAAAUCGACAUGCACACAGCACAUUUUCAUGGACAGACAUUCUUUAGAAGAAUAAAUUCAGAUAAUCGUGGUGACGUUGUAGAUUUGUUUCCGGGUGUUUUCCAAACUGUAGAAAUUGAAACAGAUAAUCCAGGAACGUGGUUCCUUCAUUGUCACGUAGACGAUCACAUGAAAUUUGGGAUGAAUGCCGUAUUUACCGUAAAUCCAUUCAAUCGUAAAUGAUCAUUAAAUGAUCAUAAAUAGCCAAAUGGUCCUUUCAUUAUUUUAUAAAUAAUUUAUGUAAAUUUAUGUAAUUUAUGUAGUUUAAAAAAAAACUACGAUUUAUACAAAAUUAUUUACAGGAUCUUCGUAAUUAAGAUAUUUAUAUUUAAUUUUUUCCGUAUUAAAAUAACUCAAUAAUACUGAAAAUUUACGAAUAAUUCUCAAAUAUUUAAAAAAAAUCCAUAUCGGAUAUAAAAAGACUCAUAAAAAUUUAGUCAAAUCUACAAAAUAAAUGAUUUAUUUAAAGUUAUUUCGAAUUAAUGAGAUAAGCAUUAUAUCUUGUAUUUUCUUCCUUUUAUAAUUAUAAAAUUUCCAACAUAUUAUUAGAAAAAUAAACUAAAUAAUUCAUUAAAAAUGUUAAUAUAUUGAAGUAUAGAGUUAAUUUUCGAUAAUCCUAUAUAAAGGAUCCAUAAUAUGGAUUAACUGUGCCAUAUCAUAACCACAUAAUCUAUGUAUCGUGUUUUAAUUUUUAAGCAUAAUUGUUCAAAUUUAUAAAUAUUUAAUUAAAUUUUAAAAAUGUAAUUUAUAAAAAAUGUUCUUAAAUUUUUUAAUGGUACAA